GAGAGCAGAUUCAUCAUCAUCACUCCCUGAUUGCAAAUGCUUCUAUUUCACGUGAUGACAUGAACUGAGAUUCUAAUAGAGUGUGCAGUGGCAGUGAGUGAGAGAUGGUGGAGGGAAUAAUAAGGGAAGGGAGAUCUCUGGAGGUAACUCCGACGUGGUCGGUCGCAACGGUCACCACCGUCAUGGUUUUCGUUUGUUUGUUUGCAGAGAGAUCCAUUUACAGAUUUGGAAAGUGGUUAAAGAAGACCAAGAGGAAAGCCCUCUCUGCUUCCCUGGACAAAAUCAAGGAAGAGCUUAUGCUGCUUGGACUGAUCUCGCUAUUGCUGGGGCAAUGGGCGAGGUGGAUUUCCCAAAUCUGCGUCAACUCAUCUCUCUUCAACAGCAAGUUCUUCACCUGCUCCGAGAGAGACUACAGCGACGAGAAGAUGAGAAUGCUAGCAGCGGAGGAUAUUCCUCCAGAAGGAGUCGGUUACAUCCCCUCUCACGUCUGCGGCUUGGGGCGCGAGCCGUUCGUCUCUGCGGAGGGGCUGGAGCAGCUUCACCGAUUUCUGUUUGUUUUGGGCAUCGCUCAUGUCCUCUACAGUUGCAUCGCCGUCGGCCUAGCCAUGAGCAAGAUAUACAGCUGGAGGAAAUGGGAAUUUCACGCCGGAGUGGUGGCGGAGGCGCAGGCCAGAGCCAAGAGCAAAACUAUGAGACGGCUAUCCACUUUCGCGUUUCACCACGCCUCCCAUCCGUGGAGCAGGAAUCCCAUCCUCAUAUGGAUGCUUUGCUUUCUGAAACAGUUUAGAAGUUCAGUGCGCAAGUCCGAUUACAUGGCCUUGAGAUUGGGUUUCAUCACCAAUCACAAGCUGCCGCCGUCCUACAAUUUCCACAAAUAUAUGGUGCGAACCAUGGAAGACGAAUUCUCUGGCAUUGUCGGUAUCAGUUGGCCACUGUGGGGUUACGCAAUCCUAUGCAUCUUCAUUAAUAUCCAUGGUCUCAACAUUUACUUCUGGCUUUCGUUCAUACCUGCGAUUCUUGUGAUGGUGGUGGGCACAAAACUGCAGCACGUCGUCUCCCUGCUAGCUCUUGAAGUGGCAGGGCCGUCUGUGGGAAGUGAAGUGAAGCCACGCGAUGCGCUGUUUUGGUUUGGGAAGCCCGAGAUCUUGUCGCGCUUGAUACAGUUCAUAUCGUUCCAGAAUGCUUUCGAGAUGGCAACUUUUAUCUGGUCCUUGUGGGGAUUCAAUAAGCGUUCUUGUUUCAUGAAAAAUCACGCUAUGAUCAUCAUUCGACUCGUUUCAGGGGUGGUUGUCCAGUUCUGGUGCAGCUACAGCACAGUCCCGUUGAACGUGUUGGUUUCAACGAUGGGAUCUCGUUGCAAGAAAGCCAUCAUUGCAGAGAGUGUGAGAGAGUCGUUGCAUAGCUGGUGUAAGAGAGUGAAGGCGAGGUCCAAGGCGACCAACUCCAUCACCACAAGAUCCACGUGUUCGCUCGAAUCAAUCAUAGAUGAGGGCGAUGAGAUCAUCACAGUUGGAUCUGCCACGCUGUCUCCCUCUUCCUCCUUUGGCCAUAUGGAUGACCUCAAUCACCACCAAGAUUGUGACCUUGAGAGCUCCUCCAUUACCAUUAGUGGUCACCUCGACCCCCACGAGUUCUCGUUCCGCCAAACACCACACGACUAUGUCGUUGAUCAGGACGAGGUGGUCGAAGCCAGGGCUGAAACUACUCUUCUUGAUCUACUCAACAACACGUGAAUAUCUCAACGGACUGGCAUGAGAGCUUGUGUGAAAUCAUCUCAAAUAAUCAAAAUUCAUCAUGUGGCAUUUAAUAAUUUAGUUGGAUACGUGUAAUUCGUUUUAUAUAGAGUUGGAUUUUGAAUACUACUAUUUUCUAUGGAUCUUGAUAGAUGAGAUGGUCUCACACAAGGCUAAAUACGUAGUGGAUAUGUGUGUAAAUGAGGUUGCAUUGCACAUCCUUGUGUUGAAAUAGUUUACUUGUAUUUUGCGCAAAUCAUGCAAUAUUACAAAUAUUCUUAUA